AUGAUGUCCAUGAACAGUAAACAGGCGCAUUUCGCCAUGCAUCCGUCCUUACCGGAGCACAAGUACACGACUCUGCAUUCCAGCUCAGAAGCCAUCCGAAGAGCCUGUCUGCAAACUCCACAGCUGCAGAACAACAUAUUCGCAAGUCUGGAUGAAACUCUGUUGGCCCGUGCCGAAGCUCUGGCGGCCGUGGACAUCGCGGUGUCUCAGGGCAAGACUCACCCGUUCAAGCCGGACGCGACCUACCACACCAUGAACAGCGUGCCAUGCUCUUCUACCUCCACCGUGCCACUGGCCCAUCACCAUCAUCACCACCACCACCAUCCCCACCAGAACCUGGAACCUCCGGACCUCAUGGACCAUAUCAACUCCCAGUCGCUUAGCCUCAUGAGCGCGCACGACGGGGCCGGAGGCGGCGGUGGCGGCGGCGGGGGUCUGAUCUCCACCUCGGCUCACCCACACUCGCACAUGCACGGCUUGAGCCACCUCUCUCACCAGGCUGCUAUGAACAUGAAUUCGCCCCUGACACAUCACGGGCUUUUGCCCGGACACCAUGGCGGUGGUCAGGGCGGACCGGGACUCAACAAUGGACUGCCCUCAAUCACUGACUCGGACACAGACCCAAGGGAGCUAGAGGCUUUUGCGGAGCGUUUCAAACAGAGACGAAUCAAGCUAGGGGUUACCCAGGCGGACGUUGGCGGUGCCCUAGCUAACCUGAAAAUUCCCGGUGUGGGCUCGCUAAGCCAAAGUACCAUUUGUCGGUUCGAAUCGUUAACUCUGUCGCAUAACAACAUGAUCGCACUCAAACCCAUUCUACAGGCAUGGCUGGAAGAGGCCGAGGGUGCCCAGAGAGAGAAAAUGAACAAACCCGACCUUUUUAAUGGAAGCGAGAAGAAGCGAAAGAGAACGUCGAUAGCAGCGCCAGAGAAACGUUCUUUGGAGGCUUAUUUUGCCGUGCAACCCCGACCGUCCUCUGAAAAGAUAGCGGCGAUAGCAGAAAAAUUGGACUUGAAAAAGAAUGUUGUGCGAGUAUGGUUUUGCAACCAAAGACAAAAACAAAAGCGGUUGAAGUUUUCGGCAUCCCACUGAUGGAUGGACACGUGUUGUUCGGACUGCAUUUGGGGACCAAGGAACAUACACACACAAACAUCGUUUUCAGUCUGCUUUUGACGCGGAAGAAUUUCAAAGCGGUGUGGCUAUACAGACAAAUGAUUCUUACUCGGUUUUGUGAAGUUUGAUAAUCCCACCGAUUUAUUUUCACGAAACUGGUGAAUGUGAAGUAUGCAAAUAACAGGUAAUCCAGACCAACUAAUUUCACAGUUGCUCUGACGAUACACAUACAGUCCUAGUGAUCUCUGCCUUUUGGAGAAAAAAAACAUUGCGAUACGAAAUGAAGUUAAGCUUUACUUUUAUCGAGUUACUUUUUUCCAGUAACGCAUAUUUUAAAUGAUCAAAACAGCCAUGGAAGGAUUACCUCAUUGUUUAGCGCUAUGUUGUUUUACUGAUUUAUGUAUUUAUUUAUCUAUUUAUUUACUGAAAUAUGUAUGUAUUUAUUUAUCUGUUUGUAAAAGCGUUCAAAUGCUACUGAGUUUGGAUAUGCCCGAAAGCAGGCUCCAUAUUAUCAGUCUUAACUAAUUAUCAACGAGUUCUGUCAUUUGGUGUUCCAAAGGUAUAUGUCUCACUGGAGAAUAAAAAUAAAAAAGGCACGGCAGAAGAGAUAGAAUAUGAGUCCCCUUCCUACUCUGAGGGCAAACUGAGGUUGGCCAUCACCACCCGUGUUUAUUUUGAAUUUGCACUGAAAUUUACUGUUUAGAUUGGUUAGAUUAUAUUCGAUUCUUUGUGUAUAUACAAAUGAUAACACUUGCUCACAGAACUAUAAGAGGAGUCCAAAUUUUCUUUUCAUCCAAAACAGAUGUUUCAAUAUUUUGUUGUCAUAGGUAUUUGUUGCCCAACGAAAAUGUCCAGUGACGGACUUAUCUAACACGCGCAUGACUCAGACAGUAUACUUUACAUUCAGAUGAAAAUGUAUUCUGAAAGAUCAAAAAAGAGAAUCUUUAUUUCUUUUGUAUAUUUUGGUUUGCAGUGCAAACAUUCUAUGCAUUUACAAAAAAAAGAAGCACUACAUAGAGUAUCUACUGGUAGGCCUUUGUGGUUGGUGUAAAAUCACUGUUAAAUGCCUGUUUUCACACAUUGACACAACGUUGUUUGUCGUGUUAAUUGUUAAAAGAAAAAAAAGACUUAAGAAAAAAAGUUUGUGUAAGUAAUAAUUUAUUUUGUGCACACGUAUGUUUACAAAUGAGGCCACAUGUGUGUCACACUUUCAUACCUGUGCACCCAUCCGUCCGUGGAGCUGUCUCCUCUGUUGUCCUCUCUUUCAGUUUUACAUGCACUCACUCCAUCUUCUGUCCAUCAUUCUGUAAGCCAAA